CCCAUCCCAUCUUUUUUGGUUUCUUUUGCUCUGCUUCUUCUUGUUCCUUCUUUAUUUGCACUUUAUCACAGAGCGCCUCUCUCUCUUUCUCUCUGUACUGGAAGGAAAUAUGACCGAACAGAUCGAAGCAGCAAAGCCAGCAGUUUUUUUUGAGUAUGAACUCUUUGAAGGAGACCCUGACCACCUUAGGACUGUUAAAGCCACACCAAAUCAGACGGGUCCAUGGAUUGAUCCUUCCUCUUUGAAACUUAAGCACAGGAUUGGGAGGGGCCUCUUUGGUGAUGUUUGGUUGGCAACUCAUCACCAAUUGGGUCAUGACUUUGAGGAGUAUCAUGAAGUGGCUGUCAAGAUGUUACAUCCAUUGAAGGAGGGCCAUACCCAAAAGUUUUUGGAUAAGUUUGAAGAUUUAUUUUUUAAGUGCCGACAACUCCAACGUGUUUGUUGGUUGUACGGUAUAUCAAUAGUUAAUGGAAAGAUCUGCAUCGCUGUGAAAUUUCAUGAGGGAUCAGUGGGUGAUCGAAUGGCUCAGCUCAAGGGUGGCAAGCUCCAAUUGUCUGAUGUUUUAAGGUAUGGGAUCGAGUUGGCAAAAGGAAUUCUGGAGUUGCAUUCAAUUGGGGCCCUGGUGCUGAACCUUAAGCCUUCUAACUUUCUGCUUAACGAACGUGGCCAUGUGGUUCUGGGAGAUUUUGGGAUCCCAUAUCUACUUCUUGGGAUUGCAUUGUCUAAUUCAGAUAUGACACUAAGACUUGGAACUCCAAACUACAUGGCCCCAGAACAGUGGGAACCAGAAGUUAGAGGUCCUAUAUCAUUUGAGACAGAUUCAUGGGGUUUUGGAUGUAGCAUAAUCGAGAUGCUAACUGGUGUUCAGCCCUGGUCUGGCAAAUCAGCUGAAGAAAUAUACCAUUCAGUUGUUAUCAAACAAGAAAGACCACAUAUUCCAAGUGGCUUGCCUCCUGCGGUUGAAAAUGUUAUCAAUGGUUGCUUCGAGUAUGAUUUCCGGAAUCGGCCUUUAAUGACCGAUAUUUUACAUGCAUUUAAAAGCUCUCAGAAUGCUGUUGACAGUGAUGGAAGGUCACUUGAAGUAGGAAGCAGUGCACUUACAAAUAGAUCAAGUGAUGCUGGUUAUACUGCAUGGUAUCUUUCAAAAGAUCAUCUUGAAGUGGGUGACAUAGUUCGUUCAAGAAAGCCAAUAAAUGCACACAAACCAAAAACCACAGAUUUUUCUGAAGGAACGGUGGUUGAUUUGGAGAGUGGCGAUGAUAGAGACAGUUUUGCUCUAGUGAAGAUACCUGGAGUACACAACCCUCUGAGAGUUCAGGUUUCGACAGUUGAGAGGGUGACAUCUAAUUUGGCAAUGGGUGAUUGGGUGUGUUUGAAAGAGGAAAACAACAAGCACUCCUCUGUGGGAAUUUUGCACUCGAUACGGCGUGAUGGGAAUGCAGCAGUUGGAUUUAUAGGGUUAGAGACUCUCUGGAGAGGGAGCGCUUCUGAUCUUCAAAAGACUGAAGCUUAUUAUGUUGGACAGUUUGUGAGGCUGAAAGCAAAUGUUUUCGCUCCCCGGUUUGAGUGGCCUCAUAAAAAUGGACCAGCAUGGGCCUCUGGGAGGAUCUCACAAGUCCUUCCAAAUGGCUGCCUUGUUGUUUCUUUCCCUGGGAGGUUGGUGCUUGGAGAUGAAUCUAAUAUUAUCUUGGCAGAUCCAGCUGAAGUGGAGGCAGUGUCUUUUGAUACUUGUCCAGGAGUUGUGAAAAAGUAUCAACACGUUGAGGAUUUUCACUGGGCCGUGAGGCCACUUGCAAUUGCAUGUACUUUAUUCACAGCUAUGAAGCUUGGCUUAUUUGUUGGACAAAACAUUGGUGCUAGGCUGAAGAAAGGCCGGAGAAAUUUGAAGCGGCAUGAUGGGAAUUGCCAGGAUGGCCAGUCUGGUGGAAAUGCAGGUUGGCUUCCACCUCCAGUUGCAAAUAUUCUAUUUAAGGAAGGUGUUACUGCUCCUGCUGCUAGGUAAUUUAUUGAUGUGUGGCCACAAGCAAGUUUAUUAAAAGCCUAUAGACAGCAGAGACUUGCUUGUAGAUUGAUGUGGCCGGGACUACAACUUCUUAAUGCAAUGUUGUUAGGGAAGAAAAUUAAGUCUGUUCAUAAUUUGUGUAUGUAUAUACAGGAAAACUUGUUUAACUAUCAUUGUAUGCCUUUUAAGUUGAUGAUUUAUUCAAUGUUCAUGAGAAAUUAGUUGCUA